UGGUACUGUAUGUGUUUGUGUGUAUGUGGCGUCGUAUGGAGAUAUUUUUAAGUGGAUUUGAAUUUCGCGAGAAGUCAGCUUUGUUAUUAUAGAGACAAGACAUUCCAGACAACUUUCGUAAACGGAUUAUAACAUGUAUGCGCAGUGUAUGGAGAGACUUAAAUGAACAGAACGAAAUUGAAUUUUGUUAAAGAGUGAGUGCAUCUCAGUGCUGCAAACAAUCUCAAAAAGAGACUGUCGAUGUAAUAUACAGGUGAAGUGAUAGUUCUGAGGCAUUGUAUUUGUGAAUAAUUUGUUAACAAGGAGGGUCCUGGAUGACGGAGAACGAUAAUGUGAACGGCUGUGUAAAGGAUAGCAGACAACAUAUCAGGAUGUUUAACCACGAUUAUGAGAAACGACUGGUGUGGAUACCUAAAGGAAAUGAGAAAUCAACUAGAAGUCCACUCAGUCCACCUAAUAGUGCAAGUACACCAUUCACACCCCCUGAUUCUGCCCUAUCACCAUACAAAUGCUUUCAGCCAGGUAUGGGUGUUUCAUGUGGUCCUGACCGGUUCAUCCCACACAGAGCAACAAACAACUGGCAGAUUAAAUUUUCCAUGAUUUCCGUAAGUCAGGAUAAUACUGUUCGUACAGGGGCAAUUCCAAAAAAAGCAACCCGUGAAACUGGUGAAACAGGUAGAGAUGCUGUUGCGUACUCAUGCCUAUUGAAGAAUGAGCUUCUAGGUUGCAACAUAGAAGAUGUUAAAGGCCAGUCAGAGGAAAGGAGAACCUCAGUACCACAAGAAGGGAGAAAUCUGUUUCAUUAUUCUCCACCAUCUCAGAAGUCAGUAUCCAGCAGCGAUACAUCAGCUUUAUCUGCCUACUCAUUAUCACCUGUAAGUGCCAAGAGUCAAAAGUUGCUGAGGUCACCCCGUAAAGCUACAAGAAAAAUUUCAAGGAUCCCGUUUAAGGUUCUGGAUGCUCCAGAGUUGCAGGAUGACUUCUAUCUCAAUCUAGUUGACUGGUCUUCGCAAAAUGUACUAAGUGUUGGGCUCGGUAGCUGUGUUUACCUAUGGUCUGCCUGUACAAGCCAAGUUACAAGACUGUGUGACCUUACGGGUGAUGGAAACUCUGUAACAUCUGUGGCCUGGAAUGAAAGGGGUAAUCUGGUAGCUGUUGGCACCCAUCAUGGAUAUGUUCAAGUGUGGGAUGUCAGUCUUAACAAACAAGUUAACAAGAUGCAGGGACAUUCUGCUAGAGUUGGUGCUCUUGCGUGGAAUGGUGACAUCCUCUCUUCUGGUAGCAGAGAUAGACUGAUACUGCAACGUGAUGUGCGUACCCCUGGAGUUGUAGCAGAGAAAAAGCUUGUAGGGCAUAGGCAGGAGGUCUGUGGUCUAAAGUGGUCACCUGAUAAUCAGUACCUGGCAUCAGGAGGUAAUGAUAACCGACUAUAUGUUUGGAAUCUACAUUCCUUAACUCCAGUUCAGACAUACACUGAGCAUCUUGCUGCUGUAAAAGCAAUUGCAUGGUCACCACAUCAUCAUGGCUUGCUGGCAAGUGGUGGUGGCACAGCUGACCGAUGCAUUAGAUUUUGGAAUACUCUUACUGGACAGCCAAUGCAGUGUGUGGACACUGGUUCCCAAGUCUGCAACUUAGCCUGGUCAAAACAUUCCUCUGAACUGGUUAGUACCCAUGGCUAUUCCCAGAAUCAGAUACUAGUCUGGAAAUACCCAAGCCUUACACAAGUUGCAAAACUAACAGGACAUUCAUAUAGAGUAUUAUAUUUAGCAAUGUCUCCAGAUGGUGAAGCAAUUGUUACUGGUGCUGGAGACGAAACAUUGAGGUUUUGGAAUGUUUUCAGCAAAGCAAGAUCACAAAAGAGAUGGGGCGGGCAGCACAAAACUGCUCUGUGUGGCGUAGGAUGGAGUUUUGACAGAUUCGUCAUCAGGUAGAUUUGAAGCGUGAAAGCUUUGGAAAAUAAAUCAGUUCUGAACCUGUACGCAAGCAUACGAUAACUGCAAACUGGCCAGCUCUUGGUUUAAAUGCAGACAUUCAACAUAUUAAGUUCAGAAACAAAGAGUUGUUGAAUGUAAAAUUGUAUAUUAUUCUGAGUUUGUGGUUUCUGCGUGCCUCUGUGUGUGUGUGUGUGUGUGUGUGUGUGUGUGUGUGUGUGUGUGUGUGUGUGUGUGUGUGCACACACUUGAAUGUGUGCAUGUUUAUUAAAUGUGAUAUGUGUAGUAAAUAUGUUAUAUUGAAUUACGUCUCUGUAAAGCUAUUAAUUUACUAAAUAUAAAUUGUUACAUAUGUAAUAGGAAUGUCUUACAUAUGUGGAACGUGAAAUGUAGUAUAACUUACAUUGCAGUUUAAUUUGCUCUUCUGUAUUAUAUUGAUUUCCUCGGGAAAAGAAUCCCUGCUCUGAUUUUUACAAGAGCAGUAUAAUAGCUGUGAAUGGACAUUAUAAGCUUCAGUGUCAAUGUAUAAAUCCAGUAUUUACAAUGUAAAACUCAAAAAGAUGGUGAGUGCCACAUUGUAUAACAUUGCUAAAUUGUUAUAAAAAGAAAAAGCGCCCCCCGCCCCCCCCCCCCCACCUUCUCCCUCUCUCUCUCUCUCUCUCUCUCUCUCUCUCUCUGUGUGUGUGUGUGUGUGUGUGUGUGUGUGUGUGUGUGAGAAAUUUAUACACAUGGUGUACAACACUUGAAAAUAAGCUGAUACGUAAAACGUAUGUUGAUGUACUGUAUGUGGAAUUAAUGCUUAUUAUAUGAAAUGAUAUUGCCAUUGUAUGUAUGAUAUUCUUGCUGCGCAAAGGUUUUGGUUGUUAACUGAUUUAUUGUAGACGUCUUUCCUGUUGAAAUUGUGAAUUUUAUUUUGUUGAACAUUUCACAUAAUUAUUGUUGUUAUAAACAUGAAAGUCUGAGUCUUUUGUACUGUUCUGUUACUUUUUGCAUGUAUGUAUUUUUUUGUGUGUGUGUUCUUCUUAUUGUAAAUUUUGAAAGUUGUAGUGUGUGUUCACAUUGUCAUGUAAUAAAUUUUUUGUGAGCUUGACUAAAGACCUUUAUAUUGAUGUAUAGAUCGCUAUAUUAGUCUUGCCAGUCUUAUAGUUUGAAAAUUAGUAAUUGUUAUACAAGGGCUGUUUAGAAAUUAACUUAAGUUUUUCUGCUGCACAAUGAGAGAACGUGCUAGUGUCCCCAUCUUAGUUUCGGGGCAUCUACUGAAUCAUUAUGUAUCAUGUGAUUGUUUGUGGUGCAUGUUGCCUCUACUUUGUUCACUGUGAAUGUUUAAAAUGUGUGUUGCAGUAGAAAAUCCUGCAAGUUAUGAAGUGCGAUCAGUGAUUAGUUUUUUAUUUGCCAAUAAAACCGAUUGGAAUGUAUCAGGAACUUUGUACGAUGUAUGGAAAUGAUGUAAUUAGUGAAGCCAGAGUGAGACAGUAGUGCAUCAUGUUUAACAGUCGCACACUAGUGUUUUCAGGGAAGCACGAAGUGAUAAGCCAAGCAUUGUCAAGGCUGAACUGGUGGAGGAAAUCAGUGUAAAGAUAUGGAAAAAAAUUGUGAAACAUUAAAAAAAGUGGGGGAGAGUGAUACAAAACAAGCAUUGAGGAAAAUUGCAUUAAAAGGUUUUUCUUUCCAUCUGUGACAAUGAAUAACUAUACUCAACCAUUUGAACUCAACAGAUCUUGGAUGGUUUUGUUAUGGGAGCAUGAUGGUCAUUCACAGUUCAGUUUGGACCUUCAUCUGAGUGAUUUUCACUUGUUCCACACAUGAGGACCUGGGCCGCAACACGGCACUUCAGCAAUGAUGAGAAACUGCAUGCAACCAUGCAUGCAUGGUUGAACCCUCAGUAGGCAAGAUUCUAUGAUGGAAUUAACAACAUAGUGAAUCGUUGUGAUGUCUUACUAUAUAUAGAGAUUACGUUGAAAAAUAGCUGAAUAGUUUGACUUUCAAAUGUAUAUUAUAAUAUGUGUUUCAUUUGAUUUUUUUUAUUCUGAAAUGGUCAUUCACAGUUCAGU